AUGGCUGAAGCAAUCUUGUGUACUCUGUUUGAGUGCUCUAUUAUGGCAAUGAUGCACUGUAAGCACAUUACAGUCAAUGCUGAUGAUAUGAAGCUUGUUCUUGACAUUAAUGCCAAAAUUGAGUUGAACUAUUUCAGCCUGAUUAAUGUGCCUGAUCAUUCUGCCCCUGCUGCCACUACUUACUGUCUGUAUGCUGCCCCUGCUCCACCAACUACUGCUGCUGCUGCUCUACCACCACUGCCACCAUCCACCACUGCCUCCCUGCCUCUCUCUGGCACUGUCAGGGUCUUCACCUGUCAAAUGGUGAGUAUUAGAGCCCCUGUCUGGUUCACAAAGCCAGUUCUGGAGGAGCAGGAGAAGAAGAAGGAGAAGAAGAAGAAGAAGAAGUGA